GGUUGAGUGAGUUGAGUCUGGGCGGAAAGAGGAAGCUGGUUAAAUAGGCUGCUAGGGUGACUACGAUGUAGCAACACUCUAACAACGGAGGAAUCGAUUUUGAAACAGAAUUAACAAAGCGGAAGACAUUUUAUAAAGACAAACGACCUUGUAGUUAUUUUUGACUGCAUUUACGUGGUGAACUUUCAAAACUUGAGUGUGUCACCUUUGUUACCAUAUAUCAGGAUGAAUGAGACCGUGCUCUUUGUCGAGGAAGAAGAGGCGGACAAGACAAAUCAGCAGGUUGAAGAGGACAAUGUCUCCAGGAAGAUGGUUACUGUCGACUGGGACCAAUGGGACAAGCUACUGCUGCCCUCUACACUGGACUCUGGUGUGCACAGUCUGGACACAGUGUAUGACAGAACCACUGUGAUGAUUGAACAAGACCCAGUGGGUUCUAGAACUGACAAUAAAGAGGAGGAAGAGGACCUGAUGAUGUACCUACAUGAGGGAUGUGAGACGGAGGGCCGUGGAGGUCUGGAAGACCACUGGCAGGCCAUGUCACAGGGGUACAUCCACCACACCAUCUCCCAGGACCAGAUCCAGUUCACCAUCAACCCUGGUUCCACACCCAUGCCACGGCACAUCCAGGGGGCCACCAUCACACUGCACUCUGAGUGCCCAGAUACCCACCACAGCGAGGUGAAGCGUUACCAGUGUCUAUACGAGGACUGUACUCGUACCUACAGCACAGCAGGGAACCUGCGGACCCACCAGAAGAGACACAGAGGAGAAUACACGUUUGUCUGCAACCAGUUGGGCUGUGACAAGGCCUUCCUCACCUCCUACAGUCUGAAGAUCCACGUCCGCGUUCACACCAAGGAGAAGCCCUUCGAGUGUGACCAACAGGGCUGUGAGAAGGCCUACAACACACUGUACAGGCUGAAAGCCCACCAGAGACUGCACACAGGGAACACGUUUAACUGCGAGUCGGAUGGAUGCACCAAGUACUUCACCACUCUGAGUGACCUGAGGAAACACAUCCGGACACACUCCAAGGAGAGGCCCUUCAGGUGUGACCAUCCUGGCUGUUACAAGGCGUUCACCUCUAGUGACCAUCUCCAAACACACAUCCUGGGACAAAUAGGUGAAGGUGAGCCACCCCUCCUUCAGGUGGACACAGAUGGUGAUAACUCCCUAAGCUCCUCCAACAGUCCGAGGGACAACAUCAAAGGUCACAACCCUGGACCGUCAGCCGACAUAAUUCACAGCCACUCCCUCUCAGACGAUUUGAAUCCUCGCUCCCCAUGUCUCAGUGAUAUGAGCCUGAUUUCCACUGCUUCUCAGCUCCGAGAAAGUAAUUCUGAUGCCCUGGACCUGGUGUUUGAGUUGCUGUUUCAAGACAAGCCCCAGACACAGGAUGUGUCAUCGGUGGCAGUGCCCUCAUAUAGUUUGGAGAACCCAUCUCUAACCGUGGUGCUUUCAGAAGCAUCUCAACCUUUCAUUUCUACCUGUCCUGAACCCUCUGACUCUACCCCUAGUGAACCCCGUCCUGUACCCCUCACCCCUGGGUGUAUCCCGAGUGAACCCCGUCCUGUACCCCUCACCCCUGGGUGCACCCCUGGUGAACCCUGUCCAGUUCCUGUUUCUCCCAUGAUCAGUGAUACACCUAAACAUGAGGUGAUUCCAGAACAGCCAUCCAAUCAGAGCCUACUACAACAGCUAGCCUCAUCCCUCCAUUCCCAACCAGGCUCCACUCAGAGCGUACUAUCACAGCCAACCACCACCCUCCAUUCCCAACCAGGCUCCACCCAGAGCGUACUAUCACAGCCAACCACCACCCUUCAUUCCCAACCAGGCCAAACCCAGAGCGUACUACUACAGCCAGCUGCCAUGUCCUCCAUCUAUUCUCAACCAGGCCCAUACCCUCCACCCUCCAGCUGCUCCCUCCAGGCCCCACUAACACCCCUCUCCCUGGGGUACUCUACUCCUCCUACGGUCCCUGCCCACAGUAACAUCCAGUCCAUCACCUUGUCCACUCAGAACCUCCAGUGGCUGUUGAACAGUAUCAAUGACCCGAGGCAGCAGGACAUGCAGACACAACUAUCUCAACAACACAGUGGCUCGACACUAGAGAAGCUCUAUUUCACCACAGAAAUACCAAUGGGAGGGAACACAGGGACAGCUCUGCAGCAGAUAGGCCUGAGUCUGCCUGUCAUCGUAAUUAGACAGGGAGAGUCAUGCCAGUGUCGGUGCCCCUGCAGAGACGGCGGCGCAGCAUCAGACACAGAGAAACAGACUGGUGCCCAGUUCCUUCAGUCCCAGGACCUAUCAACCCAGGACCCACCCCCCCAGCCCCAGGACCCACCACCCCAGCCCCCUCCGCCCCAGGACCCACCACCCCAGCCCCUCAGCCCCAGGACCCACCACCCCAGCCUACUCCACCAUAGCAUCCUCAACCUCCACCUGUACAUCCCCCAUGAAAAUUCAAGUCAACAUUUUUAUUACUGGAGAAACUGUUCCUGUUCCUUAUCCAACUGAGGUGUCUCUAUGCACUGUGCUGUGUACUUAACUCUUUUUGUUGUUAAUACCUAGUUCAAGAUCAGGUCUCCAUACCCUGUCCCCAUAACCUCAAUCAAUAGUAACCCAACCAACUCCAGACUGGUUGCUGAGGGUAGAAAGCAAUCACGUGCUGCAUUUCAGUGUGGAUCAGGUCAAGUCUGGUAGCAGACUAGCGGUCUAUUAUGAAUUGGGCUUGAACAGUGGCUGGCUGCUGAAUGUAGUGUGGAAAAUGGUUGACUAGAGCACAAAUCCUCUGUAGCAACAUUCCUCUUUACAUCCAGUCCCACUGGAAACAUGAAAGGUGACAUUUAUUUUUGAUGGCGCAGAAAGGUAAAGCACUGUUAAAACAGACUAUCACUCCCCAAGCAGUACUUAACAUUGCAUUUUUUGCCAAAUGUGUGUGGAAUGCAAAUGAUUGUGGCAUCGCGUGCGUCAUGUAUCCGUACCGUUUCAUUCUGAAUCUGCAAAUGAUCUCUGUGUAUUCAAGGAUGUCGAAUACUGGGAGAUGUGAGUAGCAAAUGCUGCUCUAACAAUGCAGUGCAGUACAUUUAGACACUAGCAAACUAACCUGGCAAUGCACAAAUAUUAGUUUUUUCUUCAACGUUUUCUUCAAUGUUCACAAUAUAAGUGUUUUUCACAUGUCAUUUUUUAUGUAAUGUCAUCAUCUGUAACUGUUUUACUUACUGACAUGUUGACCAGAUGGACAGGUUAGCUGAGGUGUCUUCAUCAGGCUCCCUGUGGAGGAGCUCUGAAGAGUAACUGUUUUACUUACUGACAUGUUGACCAGAUGGACAGGUUAGCUGAGGUGUCUGCAUCAGGCUCCCUGUGGAGGAGCUCUGAAGAGUAACUGUUUUACUUACUGACAUGAUGACCAGAUGGACAGGUUAGCUGAGGUGUCUGCAUCAGGCUCCCUGUGGAGGAGCUCUGAAGAGUAACUGUUUUACUUACUGACAUGAUGACCAGAUGGACAGGUUAGCUGAGGUGUCUGCAUCAGGCUCCCUGUGGAGGAGCUCUGAAGAGUAACUGUUUUACUUACUGACAUGUUGACCAGAUGGACAGGUUAGCUGAGGUGUCUGCAUCAGGCUCCCUGUGGAGGACCUCUGAAGAGUAACUGUUUUACUUACUGACAUGAUGACCAGAUGGACAGGUUAGCUGAGGUGUCUGCAUCAGGCUCCCUGUGGAGGAGCUCUGAAGAGUAACUGUUUUACUUACUGACAUGUUGACCAGAUGGACAGGUUAGCUGAGGUGUCUUCAUCAGGCUCCCUGUGGAGGAGCUCUGAAGAGUAACUGUUUUACUUACUGACAUGUUGACCAGAUGGACAGGUUAGCUAAGGUGUCUGCAUCAGGCUCCCUGUGGAGGAGCUCUGAAGAGUAACUGUUUUACUUACUGACAUGAUGACCAGAUAGACAGGUUAGCUGAGGUGUCUGCAUCAGGCUCCCUGUGGAGGAGCUCUGAAGAGUAACUGUUUUACUUACUGACAUGAUGACCAGAUGGACAGGUUAGCUGAGGUGUCUGCAUCAGGCUCCCUGUGGAGGAGCUCUGAAGAGUAACUGUUUUACUUACUGACAUGAUGACCAGAUGGACAGGUUAGCUGAGGUGUCUGCAUCAGGCUCCCUGUGGAGGAGCUCUGAAGAGUAACUGUUUUACUUACUGACAUGAUGACCAGAUGGACAGGUUAGCUGAGGUGUCUGCAUCAGGCUCCCUGUGGAGGAGCUCUGAAGAGUAACUGUUUUACUUACUGACAUGAUGACCAGAUGGACAGGUUAGCUGAGGUGUCUGCAUCAGGCUCCCUGUGGAGGAGCUCUGAAGAGUAACUGUUUUACUUACUGACAUGAUGACCAGAUGGACAGGUUAGCUGAGGUGUCUGCAUCAGGCUCCCUGUGGAGGAGCUCUGAAGAGUAACUGUUUUACUUACUGACAUGAUGACCAGAUGGACAGAUUAGCUGAGGUGUCUGCAUCAGGCUCCCUGUGGAGGAGCUCUGAAGAGUAACUGUUUUACUUACUGACAUGAUGACCAGAUGGACAGGUUAGCUGAGGUGUCUGCAUCAGGCUCCCUGUGGAGGAGCUCUGAAGAGUAACUGUUUUACUUACUGACAUGUUGACCAGAUGGACAGAUUAGCUGAGGUGUCUGCAUCAGGCUCCCUGUGGAGGAGCUCUGAAGAGUAACUGUUUUACUUACUGACAUGAUGACCAGAUGGACAGGUUAGCUGAGGUGUCUGCAUCAGGCUCCCUGUGGAGCUCUGAAGAGUAACUGUUUUUUAAUGUACAAAAAUCCACUUGAUUGUCUCUCUUUGAAUGUUCUGCAUUAUUGAACUAGCUUAAUGGGCUUCCUGUUUUUAAGUGCUUUGGUUUGGAACUCUGAGUGGCAGAAUUCCCUCGACAACAUCUCCCCAGCCAACCCUGCUGCCUUUAGGUACAUUUCCUCUCUGUCUGUAUCUGUCUCUGUCUCUCGUGCCUUUCUUUUUUCUAGUGUGACUUUCUGUCCCUGGACAAUGUUUUCACAUGACCUCAAUAUUCUCAAAGUGUCACUGAGUUAACAGAAGGAAACAUGUUUUUCCUAGCUUGCUUCUACUUCGCUGGCCUGAUGGACCCAUGCAGGAGGAUCAGAUGGUGAUGGAUUCAAGAUUGAAAAAGCUCUGUAUGGAUUAUGCUCAUUUAGAAUCUGAACUGAUAUACUUUGUUUCACCAUUGUAGAAUGAAUAUCAGUUUGGAUUCCAGGCUAAGAGGAUGCUAGUAGCAAGGAACAACAGGCUUUCUAAAUGUAAAUGACUUCCUUAUUUACGCCCUCAUACUGUCUUGUCAGUCAAUUCUAUUUUCAUACUUCUCUCUCUCUUUGAUUCUCUGUCCCUUUCUCUCCCCUCUCAGUUCACUGCCCUUCUACGGUUGACAUUCUGAGGUACGAACCAGGAAGCUAUAAUGGUAUGAAUGCAUCAUCUGAUCUGUCACCUGGCACUAGAAGGAUCGGUGAUGAGGAGUGUCAGGGCCGGCCGUCGCACGGUGCUGUGAAGCCUGACAUUUCUAACCUCACCACGCCUGGUUGGUUUGGUGUUAACGGCUAAUGUGUUUGGGCAGUGUGGGUAUGGAGCAGGACAGAGACUCAACACUGGCCCCAUGGUUUCUAUUUGUCCUGAGCUGAGUAGUAAAGUAGCUAGUGCAGUGUGUUGAGAAGGGACCGGGCAGCCUGCUACGGCUUGACAAUGAUAGAAGAGCGUGUUACAGGACAGGCUCCUUCCCAGAUGUUUGGGUCUGACCCUUGCUGAUUCGGUUGAGUCGAAACCACCCUAUUUCAAACACACCAAAGAUUCCCACAUAGUAACCAGACAAUACGUUUAUUUUUCACCAUUUAAAAGUAUUACAGGAAAGAACAAGUCCUCAAUGUCAGAAUGUCUCCAAGCUCACCCACACUACACAACCCCAGUGGCUAUAUCAUUACUGUGGCGAUCAUCACAACAGAACUCAUCUGAAAGGAAUAGACUUAAGUCACUCAAAACAGGCUAUUUCUUGGCACUAACAUAAGUUGACUUAAACCAACCAAUGAAACUUUGUACAAAAGUAUGUGUUGUGUAUUCAGAUGUAAAAAAAAAAAUAAUAAUUAAAAAACAGGCAUCGGGAUAAAAUUCA